CAUUUUUUUUUCAGUGUGGAACUUGGGGGCGGGAGAUUUUAUCAUAAUUUCUCGCAAUGGCUGCUCCUGCAAUGUGGAUUUAUCGUACACAGAGGCUUCCGACCGUCUUGGGCACUGUGUCGACAUGCAGAGAAUACAUGCACAAUGGUUUCAAAUCACACUAUGAUGCACUAGUCAUCGGUGGAGGACACAACGGACUGGUGGCAGCUGCCUACCUUCAGAAGGGAGGAUUACAGACAGCAGUGUUGGAGCGCAGACAUGUGCUGGGAGGUGCAGCAGUGACAGAGGAGAUCUUCUCUGGUUUCCACUUCUCAAGGUGUUCCUAUUUGCUGAGCUUAUUACGGCCGCACAUUUACGCAGACUUGGAGCUGAAGAAACAUGGGCUGAAGGUGUAUACGAGGGACCCUCAUGCUUUCACCCCCAUGUUGGAGGAGGGGGUAAGUGGUGGCCCGCCAAGGUCACUCACCCUGGGCUCGGAUCUCGCCGAGAACCAGAAGGAGAUUGCCAAAUUUUCGCAGAAAGAUGCAAAGGCUUUUUCAGAGUUUAAUUUGCACCUUGAGAAGCUAGCCGACGCUAUUCACCCACUCCUGGAUGCCCCUCCCGUGGACAUUCCAGGUGUCACAACUGGCUCACUAAGGAGAAGGCUGGCUGCUGCUAAAUCGCUGAAGCCUGUUGUCAAAUGCGGCUUGAAAUUAGGCCGAAACAUUCCAGAGUUUUACGAGAUCCUAACAGCACCAAUCAUGAAGAUCCUUAAUCGCUGGUUUGAGUCGGAACCACUGAAAGCAACUCUGGCUACGGACGGUGUGAUUGGAGCCAUGACCAGUCCCAACAAUCCCGGUAGUGGGUAUGUGCUGUUGCAUCACGUGAUGGGAGAGUUGGAGAAGGAGAAAGGUGCCUGGGGUUACGUCGAAGGCGGGAUGGGAGGCGUGUCUAAGGCUUUAGCCAAUUCUGCCCGAUCUUACGGUGCUGACAUUUUCACAGAGAAGGAUGUCGAUCACAUUGUUGUUGACUCAGAUGGUGCUGCCAGGGGAGUGGUGCUGAAUAAUGGCACAGAGAUCCAUAGUAGAAUAGUUCUUUCAAACGCUACCCCUUAUGUCACGUUCAAGAACCUUACGCCACAGGGUGCCCUUUCUUCAGAGUUCUUGAAAGCUGUCGAUCAAAUUGAUUACACCUCACCUGUCACCAAGAUCAAUGUGGCAGUGGACAAGCUGCCAAACUUUCUAGCAGCUCCCACACCAGACAAUAAGCCAGGCCCUCACCAUCAGUGCUCCAUACACAUGAAUUGUGAGAGUGUGGACAUACUGGAAGUGGCCUACAUGGAGGCCAAGAAUGGACGCCCCUCAACAAGGCCUAUGAUCGAAAUGACCAUCCCGUCUGUGUUGGACCCCACCUUGGCGCCCUCUGGCAGACAUGUGGUGUCAUUGUUCACACAGUUCACGCCCUUCCACAUCGAGGGCAGAGAGUGGACUGAGCAGGACAGAGAGGCCUUUGCAGAUAACGUAUUUGACUGGGUGGAGAAAUACGCCCCGGGAUUCAAACUGUCAGUGGUGGGGAGGGACAUCCUGACUCCACCUGACCUGGAGAGGAUUUUUGGUCUCACCGGAGGGAAUAUUUUUCAUGGAUCAAUGUCACUGGACCAGCUGUACCUAGCACGCCCACUGCCCUCCCUCUCAGACUACCGUACACCAAUUAAAGGCCUGUAUCUUUGUGGAAGUGGCAGUCACCCAGGUGGAGGUGUAAUGGGGUCUAAUGGCUGGAAUGCAGCACUAACUGCCAUGGCUGACCUGAAACGCCACUGACAAACUAUUAAUAUGUCCAGUAAAAAUUCUUGACAUGUCUAUCUGAUCAGGUUCUGUGCACACUUGAUUGCGUACAUACAUAAUACAUAUGGGUUGUAUGUCUGUGACAAGUUAUGAUCAUAAUUUUAAUUGUGUAAUAAUGCCAAAGACUCUCCAGCGGGGAAAAAGUGAGAUCACUCCAAGUAAAACAGUGCAAUAUUGCCUUACAUAAAUAGCAGCAACGUAUGCAUGUAAUGUCUGGUUGAUAUUGUAAAUUGGUACAUAGUUGCUCAUCAUUACCAAACGUGCAUUUGUUGAGUGUUUUUAAUGUGAAAUAAAGUUGGACCUGGGGGUCCCCUAUUGUU